GUGAACGGUGGUACGAAGCCAUCCAAGAAGAAUAUUCAUAUAUUUCACGAUUCUUUAUCCACAAUAACCGAGGAAUCUUCCGAGGGUAGUUGCCGUCACUCGACGUCGCUAGCAUCAAAUCUCAGUAGGGCUGCAUUAGCUCCAUUAUCCACCAAGAAUUCACCAAUGAAAAAAUUAGCCGGAAGCAAUGGCGAAAAUUUAUCAACAACAAUUCCGGUUGGAGUGGUAGCACCACAACGUUCAACAUCACCGCUUAUCGUACCGGACGGUGCAACCGAAAAGUCGGACAGUGGCAAAAGCAAGUAUAACUUCACUUCGAACGCGCUUAGGUUAUAG